AUCAAAAAUUUUCACACGAGAAGAAACUAAACAAUUAUAUCAAGUUGGCUAGCCCGAUGGUGCAUCGCGCAUCGCAUUUCAUAGAUACUAGCCAUUAAUCUACGGAAUCGACCACACUGUAGACAAAGAAGCUACAAAGAGACAAAGAAGGAAAAUAUUGAGAGGAAGAGGGCGUUGCAGAAUGUCACGAGUAGACACGAGGAUUCGACAGGACUUGGCUUUCAGUCGCAGCUCGGCAGUCUGUACGAGACGAGCGAAAUACGUGUAGUAAGGUGUGUAGUUUGUAUACAUAUACAUGCACGGUGCAUGUAUAUUACUACUCAUAGACAUACUCUCGCGUGUGUAAGGGUAACCGAUACGUCGGACGAGUUGACACACGCGCAGCAAUGGCGUACCCCUUUGAAGAAGCCUGAACGUGUUCUGUCGUUUAAUUUUUCUUUGUGCAGCUGUGUUUAAAGUGAGUGAAAAAGACAAAUAAUUUGAGUAAAAUUUCUUAUAUACAAAGCAACGAUAGAAUUGCAAAACAACGUCGGCAUAUUAAAGUGUUUCAAUCUUGUUGAAACGAAGAAACGAGACGUUACGCCCAGCCUGUUCAGAUCCAAGCCCCCAUUGCUUGCUCUGAUAUAUAAAUCUACUCUUCGUUUUCAUGAAUGUCUCUGAAUUUUGUAAAUAAAAAAUCUGAUUAAAAGUGGAAGUGUGGCAUUUUAACGUUUAAUUGCAAAUAUAAUACAUACAUGUAGCAAUCGAAAUAUUACGUGCGAAGGAUUUGUGAAAGAGUGAAGUGGAUUACUAUAUGUAUCGAGAAUUCGAAAGGGAAAAGACGAAAAAAAUACGUUUAUAUAGAGAAGAAAAAGGAUUUUGAAAUAGAAACGAGAGAUUAGAGAGAAACAAAUAGAAAGGGAAAAGCAUAGAAGGCAAAGAUCGAUGUUGCAAGGAAGCCGGUGUCCAACAAAUCAGGGCCGGUGGUGUUCGAAUUCAUAGUCAGUUGUAAGCUCUUUACGACUUUUUUUCCUUCUCUCUCUCGAAAUAUGCGAUAACGCUCUUUUGCUCAUGUACAUUGGGGGCUUCUGCCUCGAGGGCUUUCCUUGGUGUUGGAUAUAAUAGCUGAUUGGUCCAACCCUUGGAUAAGGCAACCCUCUCUCUCGCAGCGAUGAAUCGGACCAUUUUUUUUCGUCUCAUUUCAAGAUUUGCCCAUAAAAAUUGCGAAAAAUACCACAAUUAUUAAGAGGAUCGUAUUGUCAAUACGAUUGGAGGAGAGAUAUUAAGAAACCUAUUAAGAAAAGAAGGAUAAAAACAAGGAAAGAAAAACAAGAAAAAACAGAAGUAAAAGAAAGGGGUUAGUGAAGAAAAGUAAAGAAAAAAGUGCUGGAGAAUCGCGAAUUCGCGUCUCCGGCUGUGUGGUGAAAGAUCGGGUAAUCUCAACGCUGGGCGAGACGGAGAGCAGUGGAUCGUGGUCGUCAUCGGGGAGAAUAAUCACGAGGAUCCCACGAAAUGAGAGGCUAGCGUUCGAGGUGGGUCGUUGGUCAGCGGGCGUGCAAGAAGGGACGGUUCGGCGGCGGAAGCCUGGAUAGUAGGAGGUUUCCAACAUGGCCGCUGCCUGCUACGAGAAGGAAGUGGUGGUAGGUGCCGCUAUGCAUGGACACGGUCAUCACCAUCACCACCACCAUCAUCAUCACCAUCACCAUCACCAUCAUGGAAUCGGCGGCGGAUCUGCCGGCGGUGGCGGCGGCCCGGCGGCCACGGGUGCCGCGACGGGCCCGAGCGGACAGCAACCCGUCCUCCCGGCCGCAUCGGCCGGCAUCCUCGACCCCCCCGUCGCUGCGGCUGCUGCCGUCGGCUCCGGUACGGCCGCAAACACAAAUACGACGACCCCCCCCGCGCCCGCAGCGGCUGUCGCGGCCGCGGCGGCAGCCGCUGCGGUGGCAGUCACCACCUACAAGGACUCCAAGGAUUACUCGCAAACUCUCCACGUUGGCUGCAGUGUCGAGUUCGAGCUGCCGAGCCAAGCAAAACCACCACCCGGUGGCGGUGAACCUCUUCUCAUGAUACACCCAUGCUAUUAUCGACGAGCUGAACGCGAAAGGAGAAGUCCUUUCGUCAACAAUCUACCACCACCAGCGAACUCCACAACCAGUCAAAUGUCUGCUGCGGCUAUGGCAGCUUCCUAUCGUGCGGCUCUCAACGCUGCUGCAACUCUAUCGCAACAACAACAACAACAGCAACAACAACAGCAACAAAGACGUCAACAUCACCCGCAACAGCAACAACAAUCACAAGCACCUCCACCACCGCCACAGCAGCAACAACAAAGUCAUCAUCAUCUUCAUCGAUCUCAUGCUCAUCCCCUCCACNNNCAACAACCGCAGCAGCAACAGCAGCAGCAGCAGCAGCAGCAGCAGCAAGUAAGUUCGGUGUCGUCAACCUCUUCCGCCACCGAACUAAUCUCUGCUGAUGAAAAAGCAGUCAUAUCAGGUAUUUAUCAACACUACUUCCGCGCAAUGCGCGCUCACAAUCAUCAGCAUCGACAGCAACAGCAGCAACCGCAGCAGCAACAAGCAACGCAGCAACAUCGAACGACUCAUCAGAUUCAUCAUCAACCUCACCAAAGCGACCGAAGUUCCUCCUCGUCGGUGACACCAACGGUUACGUCAAUAUCCGGCAUAUUACGGCAGACUUAUCAACAGACGUAUAAUGCGACGAAUUCGAGUUCGUCAAGUCAUCUACGGGCAACAACGGCCUCAGUGGUCGGGCAUCAUCCGUAUAGGCGACCGUCGACGACGUUACGUGCAACGUCGCACAUUGGUCAACAGGCUUCUUCCUCUUCUUCCUCGUCCUCUUCCUCCUCGACGUCGAUCGGUGCUUCCAGCAGCGUUUCUUCUGGUGGCGUUUCCAGUGUAUACGCGAGCACGAUACACAGGCAUCAUGCCACUUCGCUACACGCCCUUCAAGCGGCUGGUUUUUACGAAACGCCUGGUUAUCAUGCGCUUUUGCCGCAGAGUUAGGUGUCUACCAGCAGCGUGAACUCGCUCGAGACCGACCCUAUUGCCAACCUUCAUUUAUUCACCUAAUCCGGCUACAAAGCUGUGCGCUCUCUCUUCCCUAUUGUACGACUUAUCUUCCAUACUCGUUAAAGCGCAUACGGGUUGGUCUAACUCUGCCUAGUACACUCGGGAUACAUCUAUCUCUGCGACAUACACGCUACUUCUCCCUACGUGUAUUCACUGUAUAUACGUAAAUGUGUGUAUGCAUACGUAUAUACGUGUAUGUAUGUAUCGUCGUCGACGCAACGAUCGUACGUGCCGUGCUCUCCGUGUUGGCAGUAGUGUGCGGGUGGCCGGACGGACGGACGGACGGACGGACGAGCAGAAAGCCACAGAAUAAACACACGACGCAUACACACCACCACCACCACCAUCACCGCUAUUAUACACAGAUAUACAUUCAACCAGAGACAGAUGGAUGGAACCACGAACAACUGAAAUGGUCGCCUAUGUAGGCAUCGACCAAUUUCAUCCACCUGCAAUACGUGUGCGCUUCUCAGGUAUAAAAAUCCAUUUGCUUAGGUCUUGUAUUAACGUUUUAUUAUUUUUUAGUCAUACACUUUCAGCCAAAGACACGAGAUUUCCUCCGCGUAAAUUCUUGAAACUCGAAUGCCUUUCUUUAGCCGGGCAAACAUCGUGUACACGCGAUCCUUCUCUCGUUGUAUGCCAUCGCUGCUGGUAGUCACGACGACGGUGGCGACCGCGGCGGCGGCGACGGUCCCUUUUUCUCAUCCUUCAUCUUUGAAUACCGACGGAUCGCGUACACAAUCGGUCAACAAUAGUAUUUUUUCAGAUAUACGAUCGAUAUACAUACAAUUUAGUCGCAUUUUCAAACGAAUUAUACAUUAUUCAUUAUAUCCCCUAACCAGCGAAUAACUUUGAUUUCACUUCAGGUCUUCUCUCUGCUUAUAUACUCGGAUCCGAUCGACAAUCAUUGUAAUCGCAAGUGCCAAAAUCUGAAUGCAACGUUAUUUAUACAUUUUCCGAUAGAGUACAAGCGCAAUUUUUUUUUUUUCUUCGAACAAAAACCACAUACAAGACACUUGUCUUUUUUUUUUUUCUUUACUUCUUUUUCCUGCGAGCAUGCACAGGAAACGACAAUGUGACGUAGCAAUUGCAUUUGUCCUGCUCUAACGGAACGUCCGUUUCUCGUUUCGUCCUUUCUCCCAGAACGCUUCUCGUUUCUUCGUUCGAACUUCUUUGUUUUUCUCCAUCUCUGUCCGUCUCUCGGAACGGAACAUCUCUAGAAAGGCGAGAGAGGUCCGAGAGAGAGUCGGGGCAGCAGGAUUUCUUCUUUUUUGUCCUGCGCCCUUUUCAAAGAGCGCGCUCAAGGAGAAACGGACGGGGACCGUAUUUCGUUACACGGUAACGAUCGAUCAACGUGACCGCACGACCGCACUGGCGGUACGGGCGAGCCGUGGCGAAGCGAGACGAAGCGAGGCGAGGCGAGGCGAGGCGAAACGAGACGACGACGAGUCGGGACGAACGGUCGGGACGGGACGGGAUGGGACGGAUCUGGGCGGUUACGGGACGUGGGGAGUACGAGGGACGCGACCAAACCAGACGAGAAGGGGGCGCGGUCAAGAUGGGGAUCGGUAUAUAGACGAAACCAAGAGACUGCUCGCACGCAUCGGAGGGAGCGGGACGCGUCGCCGCGUGUUCCGAAAACACUGACGACCGCGUACACGGAUGGACGUUAGACUAACAGCCGCUAAUGUGAACCUGCGACUCCUAUAAUUUCCAACCGUCGUGCGUCUCGCAGAACUUUGGAAAAUUGGUUAGAAGGGGAGAACUAGAUAGAUUGGAAGUAAACUUCUUCGGGAAUACUCGAAGAAAUAAAAAGGGGAAGAAAUAUGAAAGUCACGUUUCGUUGCUUCAUUCGAUAAAA